GUCUCAGUCGAGAUGGCGAGGGUUCUGUCAGGGUCGCAUCUUGAACAUCCAUGUUUACGUGCGGGAGAGGGAGGAUCCGAGCCUUCCUCGGCGGUUUCGGUUAUGUAAACGAGGCCUUGAACGAGCAACAUGGCUGACAGCAAGGCUAAGCCUGCCAAAGCUGCCAACAAGACACCACCCAAGUCCCCGGGAGACCCAGCCAGGGACAAGACUGCCAAGAGGUUGUCACUGGAGUCUGAGGGUGCCAACGAGGGGGCAGCUGCAGCCCCUGAGCUCAGUGCCCUGGAGGAGGCCUUCCGGCGGUUUGCAGUACACGGGGACACCAGAGCGACGGGAAAGGAGAUGCAUGGCAAGAACUGGUCCAAACUGUGCAAGGACUGCCACGUGAUCGAUGGAAAGAAUGUGACUGUCACGGAUGUGGACAUUGUCUUCAGCAAGAUUAAAGGGAAGUCCUGCAGGACCAUCACCUUCGAGCAAUUCCAGGAGGCGCUGGAGGAGCUGGCCAAGAAGCGGUUCAAGGAUAAGAGCAGCGAGGAGGCUGUGCGUGAGGUGCACCGGCUCAUUGAGGGGCGCGCGCCAGUCAUCUCUGGUGUCACGAAAGCUGUGUCCUCGCCUACGGUGUCACGGCUCACAGACACAACCAAGUUCACAGGCUCCCACAAAGAGCGCUUUGACCAAUCGGGAAAGGGCAAGGGCAAAGCUGGCCGCGUGGACCUGGUGGAUGAGUCAGGAUAUGUGCCCGGCUACAAGCACGCAGGCACCUAUGACCAGAAGGUGCAGGGGGGCAAGUAGCUUUGCAGGCCGAAGUUCUGGACGCUGCAGGUGCCAGGCACAGGACUGAAACCCAUUGCACUUCAUUACAUUCCUAUGUUCUACUGGGCAGAACUCAAAAUGCACCUCCACUAGGCAAUGGUGGGGGCAGUGCCCAGGCCUCCUCCUGCUGGGUGCUUUGACACUUCUCUCUCAGACCCCAGGUGUGGGCCGCGAUUCAUUGUCUUUUCCUAACAUACCUGCUCUGUCCACAGCUGGGAAGUGGACUGCUAUUUCCAAACUGUCUCCCAGGAUCAUACCACACUGGCCACUUGAUCUGCAGGUAACAGGGGGUGUUUGAGGCGUUGGUAGGUAUAAGGAUGAGCAGAGCAGACAUCAGAACUCACACUGACUUAUCCAGACACUUCUAGGGCAGUAGGAGCUAAGCAACUAACCAAGUGCGUAGAGUAAUCCUAAACAGGCCUCUUUCCUGAGCACGGGAAGUGACUGGUCACUGUGUAUGUGGAACAGCUCACAUUAGUACAUAUGUGCACACAACACACACACACACACACACACACGUGCUCAUCAACCAAGUUUGUGCUGAGAGUGGCCAAGAGACAAGGAAGCACCUGGUGACCAGGGAAGUGACUUGGAGCAUGAAGCUGGAAGUUUUUUCAUUGCUGUUCUGAGAAAGGAUAAGACUAUGUGCUUGGUCUCAAGAGUGAUCCAGAGAGAUCCAGAACAUGAAGCUGCCAUGACUUUCUCCUUGUCCCGUCCCAUUACCAGCUUGGGACACACAGGAUGCUGAGACAUUUGGUCAGGACCAGGCCUGCGCCGUUGUUCUACUGGGUUUAGAUGGGAGCUUUGCCAAGGCAAGUUAUGCUGUGCCUUGUUCAGAACUAUGUAUCUUCAGCUCUAUGAAGCCACCUCUCGGUUCAGGUUUCCUAACCUUUCUCUUGAGUGAAAAUGCAGGCAGGGCACUGGACACCAGAACUAGCUCCCCCGAAAGACGUGCAGCAUCUACCAGGGGUUCUUUUUCUGCCACAGGAGAGAACACAUGACUCAGCUCAUCCAUGUGUGAGGGCACCACUUAUGCAGGCCCAAUGGCAUGUGCUACCACCAUUACAGUUCCACAGCAACUGCUCCUUUGCAUUAACACAACCCUACCCUUGCAUGAAACUUGCUGAACUAUGUGGUCUUGUUCUUAGAAAGAACCCGCAGUGGUCUCAGGACAUGGCUACCAGCGCAGGUGGUUGUUGAGGAUGGAACAUCUUACACGGCUUGGCACAGCACAAGUAGACAGCAAAGAUGCCUUCCUCAUGGUCACAGCACACAGUUGCAUUAUUCACUCCUCUGGGGCCUAGAGAGCAAGCCUUCACUGCAGCACGAGGGAAGACUGCCUACUUGCCUGAGCAAGAAACACAAGGCCCUCAACACAGCCACAACUGGAGGGUGGAGACGGUCCAGUAGUCUGUGUUAUCCCAAGAUUCUGGGAGUCUGCAGUACCUGGCAUUAAAAGCCAAGUAGUGGCACCUCCAUUCUGUAAUCUGACCUUGCUGGUCUGGUGAGAUAAAAGGACACUGGCACCUCUUACACCUUCUCCAGAACCCCUAGUCCCCAUGAGGCUGGUUGUCUCUUGAUCCGAGGCUGUUCUUUUCUACUGCCUAUGAACAGCCUAGUUCCCACCAACAUAGCUGAGUGAAAUGGAACACAUGCAAGCCCAUCAGGAGGUGACUGCAUAUGCGUCAGGGCAGAGGGACAGGCUAGGGUAAUUUGAGGGUCCCUACACCAUGCAGUGGGUCAGAUGUUUUCCUGAUCCCAUAGUGUAUCCUGGACACAGUCUCCUACUCAAAGGGCCGAGAUGCCAGACUGAUAUCCAGAUGAAGAUCCAGGCCAACCACGGUUGUGUGCCUAGGAGCACCUAGAAAACAGUGCAGCCUAGGAGCACCUAGGAAACAAUGCCAAUGUCCAGCCUCAUGGAAGAGCUUCGCUAUAAACUGGCCAUGUCGCCCAAGUGCUGGGCACUGAACAGAACAGCACAGAGUGGCAAACCCAUAAAGGUUCUGGGCGGCAGAAGGCCAGAACUACCAUCUCAGCUCCCACCCCUCACCCCCAGUGAAAUCCUCAGUGGAAGAUAAGGACUUCAGAAUGCAUUUGGGUCUGGGUAGCUGUUCCACCAGUGUGAGAUGGGAGCUGUUGCUCUAAUACAACUGGGUCACUGCCUUGCUGGCCCUCACUGUCCUCGCACAGAACCUAAGGACAGUCCUAGGCCCCUCCCAGAACUACACCAGACAAGUGGUCUUCAUUGUGUCCCUUCUUACCCCCAGUUUCUUCACAGCACCUUUCCUUUUUUUUUUUUUUUUGGUUUUUCGAGACAGGGUUUCUCUGCAGCUUUUUUAGAGCCUGUCUUGGAACUAGCUCUUGUAGACCAGGCUGGCCUCGAAUUCACAGAGAUCCGCCUGCCUCUGCCUCCCGAGUACUGGGAUUAAAGGCGUGCGCCGCCACCACCGCCCGGCUAGCACCUUUCUUUAGUCAGUGUUAAGUUUAACUUUGAAAAUACACCCUCCCUCUAGAUGAUGUCAUCUAGCAAGGAAAGGGCAGUAACAAUUAGAUCACGAAGACUUAGUGUUUCCAUAUUGUCAGUUUAAAGUGUCUGUGGAAUCUGUGUACCCUCUCGACAUAGAAACUGAUCGGACUCCAGCUCUUCUGCACAAAACAGAUGUGCAUUCUCCUCAGUUUCUGAUUUGAACACACAGGUAGGGUGUUUGUCUCUGUUGCAUGUUUUAUGCGAUACCAAUUAGCUUUUACUAAUCAUGGAUAAAUAGAAUUCAGUAUCUAUCUGUGAAUAAAAAAAAACCCCCCAACAACUGCAUAGCAUGUAAACUGAGAUCCAGGGCCAUGUGCUAUUAGGUGACAGACACACAAGAGACAGGGACAGGUUCUUUCAGAGGAGGACCAACAGGAGAUGGCCUAGGAGACAGAGACAUACUCUGCUGUGAGCCGACACCCAGGAGACAGACAGGUUCUCUUAAGCUGUGACAGCAAGAAAAUAAGGAGAGGUUCUGUCAGGAGCAACACUCAGGGACAUGGGUUGGAGUGACAGAGACGUUCUGUUGCAGGUGACACUCAGGAGAAAGAUACAGAAAGACCAAUGCAAACGGUAUCUAAGUGUCAGGGAAGGAAGGUAGGCAGGUAGGAGGGUGCUUGCGAGCACUGACUCUAGUAGAAUACUUAUUUAUUUCUAUUUAAUACUAUAAGAUAAGCAACUAGUUAGUGGAAAUGUUUUACCAAAAUCAAAGCUCAAAUUACAUGUUUAAAUAUUGUCGAAAGAUCUAUAUUUAUACUGGAGUAUUUUUACACCUUUCAGUAUCCUAUCUGACACAGGGGCACAGGGACAUUACGACGGAUGGAGAUAGCUAAGAAAUAGGCUGCACUUUUCUGCAGCCUCUUCCAGAGAUGACGGUGCCUGCCCUGGGCUAAGAUUCAACCUUCCCACUCCGGGAGGCCCUGGGCUGCUUCAGUGCCUGUUUUAAUGAAUAGUCUUACUGGCGCGCAACUGUACCCAUGCAUCUACAUACUGUUCUGUAGCUGCUUUGGCAUUAGAUCUGGCUGGGAGGAUUGAGACAAAUGCCACGGCACAGACAUCUAUGGUAUUUGCCACCUGUCCCUUUUCAGGAAAAACUGCCUGUCUGCCUGGCUCGCUCUUUCUCUCUGCAGACUUGUAUACUACCUGGCGACAACAUGGGCACAUGGGAAAGUCCUGCCAACACCUUUUAAGUAUGGCAAGGGUGACAAUUUAGCUGUACUGUGAAGACAUCAAUAGACAGAAUAUCCUCCCAACACUGAGCCAAACUGCUCUUCUUCACCAAUAUACUACUGACCAUUCUGAACUUCACAGUUCAGGGGUGUGGCCAUCUUGGGACGCUUAAAUUAUCUCUUCCUUUAGACCUCUUAAACUAAAACAAGCCAAACAACAAAGGAAGCCUGUACAACUUAAACUUGAAAAGAAUAAUAUGCUACUACUACUAGUUUGUACUAAGUUUUUUUUCAAGAAAGGGAGUUAAGUUUAUAUAUAUAUGUGAUAUAUAUUUUUACACUAUUUUAUUAAUGUUAAGGAAUAUGGAGUGUAUCACUUUAUCAGUGUGAUGGGUAAUGUUGAUGUCAUGGGUGUUCUGACUCAGAAAGACACUUAUGCUGACAUCUAAACCACACUUGCUCAGAAUGUCUGUCAGGUCAGGAUGGCCCUCCUGUCCCUGCUAUAGAGUGCAAGGCAUCUAGUCACCUGUUGGACAUAUCAUCAUGGCCUGGCUCAUACUGCUUUAGUGAAACAGCUUGUGUCUAUCAACAUUUUGUUCAUUGUGUUUGCUGUUAUUAACAUUGUGUCAAGUUGGUAAAGUGAUGAAUAAAGGUGUUAAAAUGUGGA